AUGUUGGCUUCUGGAGUCCGCUGGUCUGACUACCUAUCCAUCCGUCAUUGCUUUUCUAUCAGGCAACCUGGAUCUGAUUGCGAGUGCGCAGAUCGGUUGUCUGCUAGGGCUUCCGCUUCUGUGCCUCUCCGCGUUGUCCGCAUUUUAAGGGCGUCGCAAUUCUGGGUCCGAUGGUAUGCUUAUAUUGGUGUUCCCGUUGGCGGGCGCUUCGGCGGCCGUCAGGUCCAGAAUGUAAAUUGUUCCUUACGAGCCCCAGCCUCCUGCACGUCUGGUGGGCUGGCUGGGUUGGAAAAAAUGCCGGGAUUUGUGGCGCUUCGUUGGGACUUAUUCCGGGCGGGGUUGGUCGUAAUAGAUGCAGCCGAUCGCUGGCUCCGGUUUACUUCUAUUCUUGUCUCUAAAUGCAUGCGAGUGGCGUUAAUAGGUUGGGGCCCUUUCUUUUUUGGUUUGUACUCGCUUGUGCAUUUUAGUGUUAAGUCUCCGCGACUUGGGCUGAUAAAAAGGCCUGCUGAGCAUGGUCAGGCAUUUGUUCAACCCUCUAGGACCCAGCUACGCGUACCGAAAGAGUACUUGGUGUGCAAGGCGCGUGUUGGCCAGGACUACAUAAGUUUGUCCCUGUGGCUGUCAGCACCGGGUCGCUUCUGUCGACCUACCACGAACACCAAAGAACCUCGUUUUUCUUGCAUUGGCAUUCCGCACUCUACUUCCGUUCAGCUAUUAGGUCAAGCCAUAUAA